CAUUCAUCUAUAUAGUUAUAAAAACCUGGCGUUAAAAGUAUUCCACCAACAUGGAGCAAAUCUACAAACCAAAGUACGACAAAGUCAUAUCGAUGCGGGAAGUCUUUCAAGAGUAUCGACAGCAUUUAUUGACGGAAGAAUUGCCGGAGAUUCCCACUUCCAAACACGACAUUGCAAAAGCGAUUCGAUUCAGCGGAACAUCAAGUCAGUUUCAGGACCUGUUGCAAAGCAUCGAUAUCGACAGUCAUCUAUCCAGCACCACAGAUUUGAUUCCGAUCGAUUUUAACCCAUCAAAGGUUCUGAGCAUACAAAGGCCGAUGGAAAUUCCCGAUCAAGCGCUGACCUUCGAAUCCGUUAAAAAUGCCGUCAAGAUUACGGGAAAACUUAAGAAGAAUUUAGACUGUAAAAUUCGUUAUAACAAGCAUAAAUACUCGGAAGUGCCUCAAACGGAGGAAACGAAUUUGGAACCGUACGGCGAAAUGCUGUUGGCUAUUCGUUUCUAUGAGCCUUUCAAAUACAAAUCGGGAGUCCGAUUGGGUCAUCCAAAGUUUCACCAGGAGUUUUAUGUGCUAGGAUCACAGAAGCUUACCGAGUUGAGGGAUAAAAUCUACUGCCAGUGUGAUUUAGGUCCAUUUUUCGACAUCAGUAAUGAUCCCAGUCAGCCACCACCGGAUGAUAGAGACACGCGUCCUGAUCCUGGAUUCUUCUUCAUUCACAACACAUUUUACAAUGAUUUUCGCCGUGCUGAUAACAUGGAUUACUCGCACGUUAUCAGGAAGUGGGCUGAACGGAAAAAAGGAAUCGGCGAGUUGAAGACCGGAAUAAUGGAAGAAACUAGCUUCAAUGAUCUCCAUUUUAGGCUAGGAUAUCCACAGAUGUAUCAACAUAAUGGCAACUGCGAGCACAUUUUUGUCAUAUCGGACUGCCGGUUGUUGUCACCUGCUGAUAUUCUAUCGCGUCGUCGAUAUCCAUUCCUGAAUUCGUACGCCUUCCCGCGGUCGAUUCCGUGCAACAUAUGCGGCCAUUGUGAUGCGACCAUGAUCAUCAAGAACAGUGAUCAGCACAUUUUCGACCCUGCCUACAUUUGCCAGUCCUGCUUUGAUUCGUAUCAUUUCAAGGAUGGUCGCAAGAUUGGCGAAUUCGAGGCGUACCGUUUCUAUGGAACCAAAAUUUCCGUUAAAGAUGACGAAAAUGAAAUUGACAUGGAAGGGUAGUGAUCGCAAUAAAAAAAGACCCUAUGAUAAAUGUUAAUUGGUAUUGGAUUUAUUGGUAGAUCUUAAACUUUAGUUGGGUUUCUGCUUUUCCAGCUGAGCCCUCAACUGUUGAUUGAAGUCAUCCUCCACAUUGUCGUCAUCCCAGUUAUCUUCCCAUACGCUCAGUUCCUCUUCGUCUUCCUUGUUUCCGGCCCAAUCUAGAAUCAUACAAUAUGCUUUAUUGAUUUAUUUUUUGAGCAAAACUUUAAUUACCUUCGGCCGGGAACUCCUCAAAUUCAUCAUCUUCCUCCAGCAGACCAAGAUCGACCUUUGGCUUUUCUUUGUUUUCCUUGUCGGCCAUGAUUUAAUACGGAAAAAGAGAUUUGCAAAUCAAACAAUUCAGGGAAAUGGUAUGAAAUUAAACGAGCACGAAUUCCAUAUGAUGACAAACAAAUUU